UAUCCAGUGGAGGCUGAGGUUCAGAAACUGUGGGAUGAAGAGGAGCAGCGGCCCGUUCAUGAUGAUGAUGAUGAUGAUGAUGAUGCCUUGAUUACAGAUGCUAUCACCGGUAAGCGGUACCGUGCUUUACGCCAUGAGGAGGCGGAGUCUCUCAGCGACCACCUGCUCAGCCUGUGGAUGAGGGCGGGGCCUGGCAGAGGGGCGGAGCUUCCCGUGGACUCCUAUAAAGAGAGCGUGCUGGAGGCGGUGAGGGCCUCACAGGUGGUUGUGAUGGUUGUGAUCACGGGCUGCGGGAAGACCACACGGAUCCCGCGCUUCUUGUUGGAGGGGCAGGUCAGGAGAGUCAGGAGAGCCGAGUGCAACAUCCUGGUCACGCAGCCUCGCCGGAUCAGCGCCGUGUCUGUGGCGCACCGUGUAGCGCAGGAGAUGGGACCCGCUCUCCGUCACUGCGUGGGAUACCAGGUGCGUCUGGAGUCCCGUCCCCCGGAGCGCAGCGGUGGCGCUCUGCUCUUCCUCACAGUCGGAGUCCUGCUGCGCAAACUACAGUCCAACCCCGGUCUGCAGGGCAUCAGCCAUGUGAUCGUGGACGAGGUGCACGAGAGAGACGUGAACACGGACCUGCUGCUGGCGCUGCUGCUCUCCAGCAUCAAGAACAAUCCUGACCUGCGAGUGCUGCUCAUGAGCGCCACCGGAGACACGCAGCGGCUCUCGCAGUAUUUCGGUGGAUGCCCGGUGGUGCAUGUGCCGGGAUUCAUGCAUCCGGUGCAGGCCCGGUUCCUGGAGGAGGUGCUGACAGAGAUGGGUCGACCGACACCGCCGAGGAGAGACCGAGAGGAAGAAAAGGAAGUCGCUCCUGAUCUGGAUCUAGUGGCUGAUGUGAUAGACCACAUUCACAGCAAUAGAGAGCCAGGUAAAGAUGCUUUUAGGGCUGAUCGAAGAGGAAGAGCGGGCCGCUGUCAGCCGGGACAUUCCUACCAUCUCUUCCCUCGAAAACAGCUGGACCGCAUGGCUGUGUUUCCCGUCCCAGAGAUCCUGCGCACUCCUCUGGAGAGCGUCAUCAUACAGGCCAAGAUCCACUGUCCCCACAGCAAAGCUGUGGACUUCCUGGCACAAGUGCUGGAUUCCCCGGAUAGUCAAGUAGUCAGAGUCGCUGUGAAGAGCCUGAUGGAUAUUGGUGUGCUGGACGCUGCUGAGAAUCUGACUCCGCUGGGAGAGCGCGUGGCCUGCAUGUCGUGUGACCCGCGUCUGGGGAAGGCGUUGGUUCUCUCGGCUCUGUUCUCCUGCGUUCUUCCCGUUUUGUCUGUGGCGGCCUGCUUGACGCGAGACCCGUUCUAUAACAGCAUGCAGAACCGGGCGCUCGUCUCCAAGGCCAAGGCGGCUCUCAGCGGCUCCAGCUGCAGCGAUCAUCUGGUCUUCAGUCGAGUCGUUCAGAGCUGGAAAGAGCUGCAGGGCAGAGAGAGCAAGCAGGAGUUUCUGGACCAAUACACUCUGUCUGGAGCCAGUCUGCGCUUCAUACAUGGCCUGAUGCAGCAGUUCGGAGAGAAUCUGUGUGAAGCUGGACUUCUGGAUGCUUCUGCUGAAUGUCUGCGUCUGUCGUCUGGUCUGAAUCAGCACAGUCAGCAGGAGCAGCUGGUUAAAGCCGUGCUGAUCGCCGGACUCUAUCCUCACCUCAUACAGGUGAAAAGAGGCACAGUGACCAAAGGUGGAAGAUAUCGGCCGGAGAAUCUCUCGUACCGUACGGAAAGCGGCCCUGUGCUUCUGCAUCGCUCCUCUGCCAACCGAGGAAACCCGGAUCUGUCGAGUCGCUGGCUCACAUUCUUCUCUGCGGUCAAAUCAAACGGUCAGGUCUUCAUCAGAGACUCUUCGGUGGUUCAUCCGCUGGCGCUGCUGCUCCUCACAGACUGUGACCUCAGCGAGAGAGUUGUUGGAGAUGUUGUGGAGGUUCUGUUACCGGGUCACUCACUCAUCCGAUGGGAGUUUUCUCCUCACGUCUGGGAGUUACUGUGGGAUCUGCGCACUUCCCUGCAGGCCAUGAUCCACCGCAGUCUGCGCCGCUGCGACCGCAGAUCCACCUCCGGCGGCUGUAAGGACAGCGAGCUCGUCGCUUUAUUAGUGGAGCUGCUGAAUAACACGGAUCCAGAGCCUGGCAGCGAUCAGGAAGAGUUCAGCACAGAAAACAUUCGAUCCGACCGUCUGUAACCUCCACACUUCUGCACAUGAAACACAAUCAUGCAUGAAGCUGCUUUAUUUAUUUUUUAAGUGAAGAGAUUGGUGGCAUUUCUCAUUAGCAGACUACGUGAAACCCCAGAACGUUUAUGCACAAAGGUAUUUUCAUCAAGCUCGGGAGACAUAAAUACUAGGAUGUGUAACAUAAGAAUGCAUCUAACUUGAUAUCAACGUUGUGUCUGAGGAUGUAUGAAUACUGCUAUAAUACUAAACUAUUUUGUGUGCCUGUGAGGGCGGGACAAAUAAAGUAAUGUAACACUUUG